AUGAUCUUUUCAUCGUCUUUUUUUCUGUUUGUUUUGAUUAGUGGCUUCAGUAGUGGAAAGGGCAUCUUUCACUUUUUCUCUGAUUGCGUUUCUGCGUACGUUGGGCCCUCCAAUAUUAUCGGCAAGGUGGGGAGGACGAGGUGUCCGCCAGCGUCCUCCCUUUUUUUACCGCAGCCCCUGCCUCUCUGUUGCUUCGCGUUGCUGAGAAUGGACGCGGCGUGGAAACAGAAUCCCCUGUUUCGGCUUCUGGCCUUUUUGGAUAUUGUUGGUUUGCAGCCCUUUUCGGCCCGGAGCAACCUCACCCGUGACGGGGAAUUCCUCGAUGUGAAGCGAUGCUUUCACACCGGCAGCGUCAUCCAAGACAUCUUGUCUAGUGGGGUUCGUGCUCUCCGUGCCAACAUCAUGCGUCUCUUCCUGGAUGAAGAGGAGCGGGUCCAAAUGUUGCGGCUAGUGGAAGACUCGGCGGCAUUCAUUAAGAGUGUAAUUGCACCGUCCUCACUUACUGCGUUCGUUGAGGCCGUGGAGAGUGAUCUGCCAGCGUGGGCCCUUUUGCGUAUUAAAGAGACGUUUGGUCUAACGGACAGCGCCACGACGGUGUCGGAGCAGUUUCUUAUCGAUGCUCUUGAUCAUUGGAUGAGUCAAAGAACUCCGAGGGAAAAUGAUGCUCUGGUGCUGGCAUGUGGGGUGCAGCCGGCAUUGCUGGAGUCUGCGCGUGCCAGAGGGGAUGAACUUCCACAUGCCGUUGAGGACUUCAUCAUCGACGUUGUGUUUCCACCUCCGUCUUCGGAUGAGGGGGAGAAGAAGGGGAAGGACAGGGUGCUUGAUUGGCUGAUCGCCUCCUACGAAAAGUGUUAUGAGGCGAUUGAUGUUGACGAGGAGGAAGAGGAGGCGGGAGAGGACACGUCCUCGGGCGAAUCUCCCGAAAAGAAGAUGCGGCUGGCAGAAGACGGGAGGGAACUUCUCACGGCGGAGAAUCUUGACUGGUUUAUGCGUGAGCGGCCCUCGGCCGUUCCGAGGGCAGUCCUGCGUGAGCGGCGAAGGCCCCUCGACGACCCUGCAAUCACGGUGUUUGAGCUGCAAAACCACUACACCGCGAAUGAGCUCUCGGUUUUUGUAAAGAAGGAAUUGGGGAGACGGCAAAGACUAAAGAAGGCGGAUUGUGUCCGUGCCAUUCUUAAGUAUCACAAGCCAAAAACAGAGACAUUGCGCCGUGAAGAGGCAAAGGAAUUGCUUCCCAAAAACAACAGCAAGAAAUGUUGA